AUGUACUGGUUUUGGAAACUCUUUAGUUCAGUACAAGAUAUGAGUAUGGCUCGGGACAAUGUCAGUAAGUCAUCAACUACAGCGUCAGGCCGGUUCCUGCUGACGCAGGAGCCGGCUGGUCCUACGCACGGGAUGAGAAGGAGGGGAACUGGGGUUCAAGAAUCCAGGCGCCCAUCCCCACCCACACCCCACACCCCGCCCCUUGUCCCUAGGAGCCCCACAGCCUCCGCCAUUGUGCGCGAGGGGACAGCCGGGAAGCCCCCAAAGUGGGUCCCAGAGGAGGAGCACUACAAUUCCCAUAAUGCCCGAGCCCGGGGGCGACGCGUGGAGCAGGCCGACAGCGACGAGGAUGCCGGUGGUAGGACGGCCCUCACCUGCUGCUACCGCUGCUGCUGCUCCUGCGCCGCCGCCGCCACCACCACGGUGCGGUGUGUUCCGCUUCUUAUUCUUCGGCAUCUUGGGACGCCCGGUGCCGCCUGGAGCUGGAAGCGCAACGAGGAUCAGCCGAUGGAGCUGCACUUUUUACUCGUGCGUCUGUGCGGCGGGUGGCUAAGAGAUAAAUCUUCAGCUAACAACAAAGGCGAGAAACGGCGAGGGGAAGAGUGGGCGAUGGCGGCAGCAGAAAUCCCCGUGAAGAGCUGUGAGCGAAAUCGAUACAUGUUUCUCACUAGCGCGGGAGCUAAGGCGGGGCGGUCAGGGGCCACAACGCCUUAUGUACUGGGACCGCUUGUCGUCACCAUCUAUGGGCGGGGCCUCCGUCCUUACCGACCAAUCCGGACAGACCAAUCGACCCCUACUCCCCGCCACCUUGCAUCCGGUCGGGUCUGUCAGAGGCAUAGACUCCCAAUCCCAUCCUGCAACACGCCCUAUGGAACCUAAAGGUCGGGCGGUCGUUGCUGCGCUGCAUGCCGGGGGAUGUUGUUUCUGGGAGCGUGACACCCCCGUAGGAGUGCUCUCCCCUCCCCCUCAAACCAGCUUCUCUCCUUGUCUCGCCGGCUUCACCCACGUGACCCCGCCCUCGUCUCCGCCUCCUCUGGGUCUCUUCCCAGGGAGUGACGCCUGGGCAAUCACUAGGGUGGCACUGUGGAUUGAAUGCAAGACCUGAAGUCAGGAAGACAUGAGAUACUAACUGGCUAUGUGACCCUGGACAAGUCAUAACCUCAGUUUCCUCAGUCAAUAAAAUGAGGGGGUUGGACUUGAUUACUUCUAAAUUCACUUCAAUAAUCUUUCCAGUGGAAGAUUCAAGCCUAAAUCCUGUAACUCCAAGUUCAUUUAGAUCAUAUGACUACUGAGGCCCCAGUCAAGAACUGAAUCCCAAAUACACUAGGUUAGUUUUGCUUUUUGCCAAGACCACAUAUACUCUUUAACUCCACUAAACAUAUGCAUGUGUAAAUUCAUACCUUAAAAAUCAUAACAAAGUUCUUAGGUAUAAGAAGGCACAUUUUUUUUAGAUUUCCAAGGACUUGCCUUGUUAAUUUAAAAAAUCCAAGAAUGUGAAAAGAAACAUUAUGAAUAAUUUUUUUUCUAUUUUUUGAUCAUCUUACUUAGCUAGAGUAGAAGAACUGAGGAUUUUUCCAUAUGGAGUAGUUGGCAACAAGUCUCCAAAGAAAAUCUAGGUGUCCCCAGCCUAGAUUACUUACUAUUUCUCAUAUGAAACAAAAAUAUCUGAUAAUUUAGGUUUGAACCUUUUUUAAUGAGGAAAAAAACUGCUUCAUAGACAUCUCUUCCUUUAAGAUUCAUGCUAUUCUUGUCUACCAUUGCUACCUCUAGGUUUUUUUUUUCCUUCCUCUAUCAUUCAGUUAUCAUCCUUCCUUUGAGGUUCAUGUUAUUCAUAUCUAAACCCAAUCAAAAUGGUGAUAACUGUUGUCUACAGACCCCCAAAUCACUCCUCUUCCUUCCUCAAUGAGUUCAAUACUUAACUUCUAAUUUUUCUCUCAUCUUCAAUUCCUACCCUCAUGCUAGGAGCUUCAGCAUUCGUAUUGAUUCUUCCUUAAAUACCCUAACCCACUUAAUUCUUCAACUUCCUCUUUUCCUAUGAGCUAUUCCUCCACCACAUCUCAGCCACACACAAUCAUUUUCUUGAUCUUGCAAUGAUCCACAAUGUUACCACCUGUAGUUUCUGGAAUUCCAAAGUCCCCUUAUCUAACCUUCAUCUAUUAUCUUUUUUACCUCUCCUUUUGCCUUCCCUUAAAAAAUCCUAUUCUUUGUCCACACUGUGACCUCAAGACCCUUGACCCCUCAAUUCUCUCCCUGGCUCUAUGCUAGCCACUCUCUUCUCUUUCCCCUUCUUGAUCCCUUGAUGAACCAAUUCAACUUUAUACUGUCCUCCCAUCUUAAAUCCUUAGCCCCAUCAUCAUAUUUCUGAUUAUGUCCUGCAAAUCCUUAGCCUUGGAUCAUUUCUAUCACUGCCUUCAGUCAUACAUAUGCUGCUGAAUGAAAGUGGAGAAAAGUAUACAACUGUUCUGACUAGGUCCACUAUAGAUUUAUAUUGCAGCUCUUCAAUGGUUCAGUCAUGUCUGACUCUUUAUGUUCUUAUGGAUCAUAGCAUGACAAUAUUAUCCAUGGAGUUUUCUUGGCAAAGAUACUGAAAUGGUUUGCCAUUUCCUUUUGGAUUAAGGCAAAGAGAGGUCAAGUAAUUUGCCACAAGCCACACAUGGUUUGUUGAGACUAGAUUUGAACUCAAGUCUUCCUGACUCCAGAUCCAGUGCUCUAUCCACUAAGCCAUCUAGAUGCCUCCAAAUUUUUAUUACAUGGCCUCAACUAGGUCUACACUGCUUCUAGGCAAUCCUACUAUGCUUCCUUUAUCAAUUCAACUAUUCCCCUCUCUGUAGGUGUACCUCAAUGUUCCUCUGUGGUUCUCUACCUAUUUCAUUUCUUAAUCUUACCAUCUCCCAUAGUUAUAAUCACCAUCUCUAUGCUGAUGAUUUUCAAAUUUACCUAUUCUUCCCCAAUCCCUCAUCUCCAACAGCCUUUCAGACAUCUCAAAUUGGAUGUCCUGUAGACAUCUUAAACUAAAUAUGUCCAAAAAAAUUUCAUUAUCUUCCCCCCUAAACUUUCCUUCCCUCCUAUCUUACCUAUUACUCUAGAGGACAAUAUCAUCCUCCUCAUCCCUCAGGCUCACCAUUUAGGAAACAUCUUUCUUUCCUCACUAUCAUUUCUCAUAUCUGAUCUGUCACUAAGGCCUACCAAUUUCAUCUUUGCAUCUCUCCAGGAUGCCCUUCUUCUGACUCUGUUACCAAUCUAGUGUAGGUCCUUAUCACCUCUUAUCUGGAAUAUUGCAAUAACUUUCUGGUAGGUCUGCCUGCCUCACCUCCCUUCCCACUACAAUCCGUCCUCCAGUCAGCCACUAAAGUUUCCCUAAAGCCUAGGUUUGACCGUAGUACUUUCCUACUCAUUAAACUCCAGUGGCUCCCUAUUGACUCCAAGAUCAAAUAGAACAUUCUUUUUGGUAAUCCAAGCCCUUCAUACCUUAGCCCUUUCCUACCUUUCUAGUAUUCUUACAUCCUAUUCUCUACCACAUACAUUGUGGUGCAAUGACAUGGGCCUCUUGGCUGGUCCACAAACAAGACAUUUAAUCUCUCAGCUCCAGCAUUUUUUCUGUCUAUUACUCCAUGCCUGGGAUGCCCUCUCUCCACAUCUCUACCUCUUGAUUUCCUUUAAAUCCCAAAUAAAACUCCACCUUCUACAGGAAGUUUUUCUAACCUCUCUUAAUUCUUGUGCCUUCCCUCUGCUAAAUAUUUCUGAUUCUUCUUGUAAAUAGCUUGCUUUAUACAUAUGUGUUUACACAUUGUCUCCCCAUUAUAUUGCAAGCUCCUUAAGGACUGAGACUGUCUUUUGCCUCUUUUUGUAUCCACAGCACUUAGCAUAGUGUCUAGCACAUAGCAGGCACUCAAUAAUGUUUACUGAUUGCUACACAUUCUUAGUUUAUAGUAAGCAAGUUCUCAAGCAGGUACUGGUCCAUGCUACAUAUAAUAAUUAGUAUUUGGACACUUGCUUACAACAGUGACAUCUUAAAUAUAUGAGUUGGUUUUAAGGGACUUUUUAAUCCUUUUUCUUAUCAUGUAUUAGUGACCUUUGAGAAUGACUAACUGUUCUCCCAAUGUCUUUCAUUUCUUGUUCUAGCUAAUUCCUGCUUUAUUUCAUUUAAACUUAGCCAAAGUUAUAUUUCUCCUUUUCAUCAUAGUUUCAGUUUCUCUGGUUUCCUCUGAUUCCUUAGGCUAUUCGAUUUCCCUUCCAUUGAAGGAAAAGGCCCCAGGCUCACAAGCACUGGGAGGGUUUGGUUUUGUCUGUGACUUUUCUGAGAAGAUGAUGUGGAAGUAUUUUUCUAAGAAGGAUCUACUAUGGUUCAGACACUGAACAUUUCACCAUUAGGCCAAUAGAGAGCACUACCACUCUGCAUUCUCUUUCCUUUCCUUUGCAGGGAGCAAAGAGAACAGGGAGCCUGGCUUCUCAAUUCCCACAUACAUAACACAGUUUGUUUCUUGUUUCUAUUCUAGAAUUUGGAGCCACUAUUUUAGACCAAGGCAUUUUCAUUGCAUACUGAUAAAAUGUCAGGACUGUUGUGCAUGAAGGAGCUGUGUAUUCUAGCAAUUUUUCCAGGGUUAAGAGAGACAUUUGACCCUGUUAGUGAAAAACCAUUUUGCCUUUAGGAAAAGCAUUCUUAUAAUCACCACAGUCAUUAGGUUGUGUCUUUGCACCUGUAUAGCAUUAAAAAGCUAAAGAGUUUCUGGAAUCUGCAGUCUGCACGUGUAUGUGUGUGGUGGUUGUUGUUGGGCAGUUUUGUUUUGUUUGUCUUUCUCUGUAUGCCCAGGAUGUACAUGCCUGUCACAUAGUAGGCACUUAAUAAGUAUUUGUUGACUUGUUGGGUGGUUUGCUUGCAAGCCUGAGGCAGUGAUUUUCAAAGUACCCUUCUGUGCAAACCUCAAAAGUAAAGGCUCUUUAUUUCAUGAGGUUAUGAGCUUUCAGAGAAUGCAAUAGCUAUGAAUCAGGUGAUAUGAUCCCUUAAAAGGAAGAACACAAAUCUCCAAGAAGGAAAUGGCUUGGCCAUCACUAACUUAGUAAACAAGACUUUUCUUUUUUUGAAGUAGCAAUGAGAAACCCAGUUAGAAUCCUGGUUCAAACACCUAUAACCUGUGUCACACCUUGGACUUGAUUUCUCUUCUCUGAACCUCAGUUUCUUCAUCUGUAAAAUGAAGAGAUUGGAACUGAUGGCUUCUAUGGUCCCUUUCACAUCUAAAUCUUAUGAGUCUGUGACCACUAAGAGCCUCCGGAGAUUCUGUGAUUUGGGGUUAUUUGUUUCUAUCCUAAGGAUUUCAUUCAAAAAGUAAAGAUAUAUCUGUCUACAGUAUAGGAAUGAAAUAAGCACUUAUUAAGUACCUACUAAAUACUGUGUUAAUUUCUUUACAUAUGUUAUCUCAUUUGAUCCUCACUACAUCACUGUGGGACAGGUGGUAUUAUUAUUCCCAUUUAAUUGUUGAAGAAACUGAGAGAGAGGUUAAGUGACUUCCACAUAGUUAAGAAUUAUCUGAGGCUGUACUUCUACACCUCAGUGAGCUGCCUAAUGAGAGUCCUUGACAGUUUGCUACCACUUUGAUUUGAUUGACCUUUUUUAUUUUAAUAGAGGCAGUAUAGUGUAUUAGAAAGAUCAAUCCAUCAAGAAGUAUUUAUUAAGCACCUAUAUGUGCCAGUUACUGUGCCAGGUGCUGAGGAUGCAAAGAAAGAAACUAUACCUACUCUCAUUGAACUUACGUUCUAUAGGUGAACAUAAGCUCAUAUAAAAAUAUAUAUAGCAUAUAUAAAGUUUACUAGCUGUGUGACCCUGGGCAAGUCACUUAACUUCUGUCUGCCUAGUCUCCUCAUCUAUAAAGUGAAGAUAAAUAACAGCACCUAUCACCCAGUCUGUUGUGAGGAAAAAAUAAGAUAUUUGUAAAGCAUUUUGUAAACCAUAAAGCACUAUAUAAAUGCUGAUUGUUAUGAUGAUGAUGAUGUCAAUAAAUACAAGUAUGUUCAAAAUAGUUAUAUACAAGCUAGUUUGGAAGGGAAGACACUAAUGGUUGGAGAAUAUUCUACAUGAAGAUGGUGCCUGAGCUGCAUAUUAAAGGAGAAGAGGGACUCUGUGAGUGGAAGCAAUAUUCACUGAUUUAGCUCAUUCAAGGCUUUCAAAACUCCCAGAGUAUAUAUUUUAUCCUAGAGGCAACAUGGAGUACUGUUUACUGAAUUGGAGAGUCACAUGAUCAGAUCUUCACUUAAGGAAAAUAAUUAUAGCAGCAAAGUAGAGAAUAGACUGGGAUGGAGGAGGACUUAGGAAGGGAGAAAAUAAGAGGGCCAAUGUAACACUCUAGGGAAGAGGUAAUGAGGGCCUGAACUAGAGUGGUAGCUGAGACUGGAGAAAAGAGUUUGGAUUAGAGAGAUGUUGAAUACUGCUCUGUCAAAAGACUUGGGUAUAAAUUCCUGAUCUGCUUAUCACAUUCCCUUUCCUCAAUUUCCUCAUAUUCAAUUUAUUUUUCUAUAAACUAUAGAGAAUUCUUGCCUUUUUUUACCUUUGUUAGGUGCUGGGGAGGAAAUCACAUUCCUAUUAUUGCAUUUUGUCCAUUCAAAAUAGGAUAUAUUAUAGGUUAUCCUGUCCAGGGUGCUGAUUGUCAUUCACCUUGGCUCCACCCUUGUUUAGAUGGUUCCUGGGACUAUAUCUCUCAUCUAUAUCUAACUCUUUGGGUUUAGGUUUCCAACAAUCUGAUCCCAUGGCUUCCCUUCUUCUCCCCCCACCUCUAUAUACUCCUCCCAUUCUAUAGUUUCUUUUUAAUGUACUCACUGAUUUAGCUCAUUCAAGGUUGAAUGAUGGGAACAAUUCGUGAGACUAUGACCUCUAAUUUCAUGGUUUAAGCAAAAAUCAGCUCUGUCCUUUAGGAAAACUUGCAUGUGACCCUGGGCCAUCCCUGGCACUAUGCCUUCUUUAUAUCUGGUCUGACCUACGGGGGAUAUGGGGGACCCACCAUUUUGUCCUGCUGCCAUCCUGAAUGCCCCCCGCCAAUAAAACCUAUUUACAAUCAA